GGUCGUGUUGCUCGGUGAUCAGAGCCGCACUGACUCAGAGCUCGGCAGAGGCGACAGACGAGCUGCACAUUUAACAAAGCUCUGCUCCAUCACCCUUCAUCAGCUCAUCCGUCAUGGCUCUCCCAGCCGUCCUCCUCCUCCUCCACCUCCUGUUGAGCUCCGAGGGUUCCCUCUCUCCUCCGCGGAUCUCCUUCCGUCUCAACUCCACAGACAGACCUCUGCUCCACUUUGGCCACGGCGACCUCCACAACACCACCGCUCUGCUGCUGAGCAGGGACAGCUCCACUCUUUAUGUUGGGGCACAAAACACCAUCCUGUCGCUGGACGUCAACCAGAGUGAUGUCAUCAGACUGAACAAGAAGGUGCAGUGGAGUCCAUCUGAUAAGGAGAUAAAGGAUUGCACGGGGAAAGGAAAGAAUGUAAAGAAUGAAUGUCCAAACUUUAUCCACGUGUUACAACCUCUAAACUCCACCCAUCUCUACACCUGUGGCAGCUACGCUUACAGCCCCCAAGAAGCCUACAUCGACACCCAAAGUUUCUCCAUUGUCAAAAAAACCAGCGCUAAAGGUCGCUGUCCGUUCAGCCCCUUCGAGAGGAGCGCUGUCGUCAUCGCAGACGGCGAGCUGUUCACAGCCACAACAACCGACUUCAGAGGACUCAAACCACAGAUUUUGCGAUACUUCAGCAAAGACGGCCGUCCAGACGUCAGCCUGGAGACGUCGAUCAGCCUACUGGAAGAGCCCACAUUUGUCAGCUCAUCACUGGACCCAGCAGAGGGGAAACUCUACUUCUUCUUUAGUGAAGUUGGGAAAGAGUUCAGUUACGUAGAUGAACUGAAAACCGCUCGGGUGGCUCAAGUCUGCAAGGAUGAUGUUGGUGGAGUGAGGACUCUGCAGAAGAAAUGGACAUCCUUUACCAAAGCCACUCUGCUCUGUCAGUUUGAGAAUCAGCUUCCCUUCAAUAUUCUCCAGGAUGUGUUCACCCUCCCGCCACCAGAGGGCGGCGACACUGCUGACACUCUGUUCUACGGUGUCUUCACGACUCAGUGGCCCAGAGGUCCAGAGUCUGCAGUUUGUGUCUUUAGACUUGAGGACAUCAAAGACGUGUUCAAGGGGAGCUACAGGACCUUCGUAACGCUGACCCACCAGUGGAGUACGCAACAGGAAACGCACAGCUACCUGGGAACGUGUGGACUUGGCAAUUCUACUGACGCCGUUCUGGGGGAAGUGAAGAAGAGUUUCCUGACCAAAAAUGCUGUGACGCCUGUCGGGAAAGGUCCGGUCGUCGUCUCAUUGGAGCAGCAGUACAGUCGUGUGGCUGUGAUGAGAGCACGCGCAGCCAAUGAUACACAGUAUACCAUCCUGUUCCUUAUCACAGAGUCUGGAUUUCUCCACAAAGUGGUUUUGCUUGAUCAGGGUCCUUGGGUCAUUGAGGAGAUUCAGGUCUUCGCCCAGCCUCAGACAGUCCAAAGCAUGGUCCUCUCCACCUCCAAGGGAGUCCUCUAUGUGGGGACAUCUGAAGGCGUGACUGCCGUACCUGUGGCCGACUGCUCGACCUACACAACCUGCAGUCAGUGCCUCCUGGCCAGAGAUCCUCUGUGUGGAUGGAGCCGCACUAGCAGGGCCUGUACCCGUGUGCAUGGCAGUCAUGAGGACAUGGUUCAGAACCUGGAAGACAGUAAUGUGGAAGACAGAUGCCAGGGGCAAACCACGGCCGAGAAGAUCACAGUGGUCCGUGCUCACGUGAAUGAAGUGGUGACGCUUUCGUGUCAAACACCUUCCAACUUGGCCACUCUGACCUGGGCCUUCCCUCAGCCAGAGAAGUUCUUCAUCCAAUCAGAUAACGGCAGUCUCAGCUUCAUCUUCACUAACGACUCUUCAGGGGUUUACCGCUGUGAGGCAGAGGAAGCCGGGUACAAGCAAGUAGUUAAAAGCUAUGACGUACAAUUGAUACGCUCUAGAAACUUGACCCCAAGAACCCACGAAACUGCGGUGCCGGACGAGACCUACGAGAGCAUUGUUACCGACGAUCCAACAAUGUUUCUGACACAACUCGUACACACCAACGACUACACCACCGACGACAGUAAGAAUGGAUUUACAACCAGUCCUACGGGCAAGGUGACCUCCAAAGAACAUCGCGGAACAAACAGGAACCUUCAGAGCAGUAGUUCUGACACCCAGUACAGGGUAAAGCCCGACGACGUGACUCCGAAGGAGAAGAGUUACUACAGUGAGCUUGUAGGUGUUUCACUCAUGCUGGCCUUGUGCAUCUGCAUCAUGAUUCUUGGAUCGCUCCACAUGUGGCAAAAAAGGAAAGUUAGUCUCAGGAAGGAUCCACUGGUCACUCCGGAGGAGGGCAGCAGCAUAAACAGGCCUGUGGAGAUUUGCUCUCUGAGCAGCCGGGCGGAGCUCGAGCCUGAGCUGAAGGUGGUGGAGUAACUGAAGACGCCUUAACUUACAACUUGCAGCUGGUUUAGCCGGACACUUAUCACCAAAGACAUCGUGAAAGUAGGAGAGUGUAAGAAUCCUUGGAAAGCAGUUUGAGAUUUUUAAUGUUUACCUCAUUGAGUCCUGUUUUUACCGCAGCCUAAAACCAAACGUCAUGAGCGUGUCGCAGAUGUGACUGAGACACAGAGGGAUACCUCACAGUCUUACCGUAGCAUCUUAACAGUUCCAAGAUGGCUCCAAGCUAAAGCAUAAUGAUGGGACCUUUAUUUCCAAAGUGAACAUCGUGUUUUAUUCAAUAAGACCAUAAACUCAUUAGGGAAGAGUUGACUGAGCUCACACACGUUUUCAGAUGAUUUAGAUCAGCGGUCCCCAACCCCCGGGCCACGGACCAGUACCGGUCCGUGAGUCGUUUGGUACCGGGCCGCGAGAGUUGAGGUUCGGGUGUGAAAUGUAUGGUUUUCAGGGUUUUUAUCGGUUUCUAGCGUUAUUUUGUUUUCGUUUUUGUCGUUUACUCGGUUUUUCUGGGUCGUUUCACGUGUGUUAUGAAUAAAUCUUCUUUUUUCGGUACCGGUACUAGUUUUAUUUUGUUGUAUUUAUUUGCGACACCUUAAAGACCGGUCCGUGAAAAUAUUUUCGGGCAUAAACCGGUCCAUGGCGCAAUAAAGGUUGGGGACCGCUGAUUUAGAUGUCUACAUAAUUGGACUCGUUUUCGCCCCCUGCUGGCGAAUUGAAAGAAUGCAGGCGUAAAGCACCUUUCAGCCCCAUGAGCUACAGUUCUAUAAUAAUUAUAGAGGAAAUGGAAUAAGUCUUAAGUCUGAGGUCUCAGAGCCGCUGGACUUAGGCUAAUGCUGUGAAGCUAGCAUGAUUUGAAAGGUGCUCUUCUUAUUUACUUUAAUAUUAAAUACGCUCAUUUUUGCAAAGGUUUGCAUGCUGAACAAGACAAAAAGGUACCCGGCUUUUCUUUAAAGUGGUGUAAAGUGUAAAGCUUUGAGUGCAGUUUGUAAAUGGCUGAUAUACAAACACGUCCCCCCUGUGCAGACAGAAGCAAGCAGCUACCACAGAAACUGCAGAGUUUGGUACUUCCACGUUUUCUGAGGUUGUCUCUUGGUUUGAGGAGGUCCACAGGAACCUUUAAUGAAUCUGCUGCUUGAUAUGAAAUUUAAGAAAACAUUUGAAUUGUUUCUGUUGAUGCUCGAGUUUCAGAGUCCUUUUAUUUCCUGAUGUUUUUAUGAGUUUUGUGUUUUGUAUCUGUUAAUAUUCUUUGAUUUGAAAUGUCAUGUGUGGAACUUAUCACUUUUCUGUUUUAAACUCAGGGCUUUGAAGACAGUGAUAAAGACAGUGGGUGUAUUUUAUUAGUUAACGUUAACGAUGUCUUUAAGAAUGGAUUGAACAAAUCAUCCUGCAUACACGCACUCAUUUUAAUCUUUUACAUUUUUUAUUUAAUAAGAUCUCUUUUGAAUUUACAAGGCAGGUCAACUUAACCAGGACAAUGAAUUUUUUCUUUUUUUGUGAAACUGUUCAGUUUUUAUAAAAAUCUUGCCUCAUACCAAGAAAAAGCUCACUGUUUUCUAUUUAACAUUUCCUGUUCCUGUUCUUGAGAGGAUGUUUUAAUUGUUUGUUUUAAAUUUUAUUUUUUUAAACUUUUUUUUGGUUAUUUUACUCAGUGACGUGAUUUCUGUGUGGAUUUUGUGCACGUUACAGAAUUUCUCUGUAACUGUGUUUCUCAGGCAAAAUUGAAUCUGGUGUUAGUGAAUCUAUAUGAUGUAUACAUUUUCCGAUGCAUGUUGAAUGACUGAUGUUUUUAUGUGUGAAUACUCUGAUAAAUCAUCUAUAUGCAUUUCAAAGAUUUAGGCUACAUAUUUGUGUUAAAUGAAUGUGCACAGUCAGUCACUGUAUGUCAAUGAAUGUAUGUAAACUGUUAAAUGUGAAACCUGCUUUGAAUGUAACACGAGCUAAGAUUCAAUAAAACAGUCAGUAAA